UUAUUCCACAUAGAGAAUACCAUGCAAAACGAUAAGGGACAGAACGUUGAACUUUACAUUCCUCGCAGAUGCGACUGGACCAACCGUGUCAUUGAUGCUAAGGACCACGCUUCCGUCAUGAUUAACCUUGCUGUCAUUGACCCUGAGACCGGAAUUGCCACUGGACAGGUGAAGACCAUCUCCCUCGGUGGAUACAUCCGCUCUAAGGGUGAGUCUGAUGAGGCUCUCAACGUCCUUACCAAGGAUCUUUAAACGAUUCGAUCGUCUUGAGCAUGUGGAGU